AUGAAGUGGACUUUUAAGGAAGAACAUUCCCAAGGUACUAACGUCAAUAAUCCCAACGUUUUCUGCGGUUUUUUGUCCACUCGUUAAACCGAAUGUUUUUGCUUUUGCAGAGUCCCGAUGCCAUGAAUCUGCAAAAAUAAGGUCGAAGUAUCCAGACAGAAUUCCCGUAAGUACUGUAAAUUUUGGUCGAUUUUUAUGUUCGCACAAAGCUAUAUUACUUAUUUUCUUUUUGUAGGUUGUUGUGGAAAAAGCGCCCAAGUCCUCGAUCCAAGAUAUAGACAAGAGAAAAUUCCUCGUCCCUUCCGAUCUGACAGGUAUGAAAAGCAGGAAAUAAAGUCGUUAUUAUGCCCGUAACUAAAAUUUGCUGUUGUGUGCUGUACUUCCUGAAUUUUUAGCUGUUUAGCUGAUUAGGUAACAUGAAAUUCUAUGAGUCUUCACAUAGUUAGAGUACGUUCUAGUAUAAGUGGUAGAUAUUUUAUGAUUAAACGUUUGUCUCUCUUUUACCUUCAAUUCACAGUUGCACAGUUCAUGUACAUCAUCCGAAAGAGAAUUCAACUUCCUCCCGAAAAAGCGAUGUUUCUUUUUGUCAACAAGGUUCUUCCCACAACAAGGUUUGUUUCAAGGCCUUUUUACUUUCUUUUAGGAAAUGUUUUUAGCUUACCACAUUAGUCUAUAUUUGCAACACGUUUGUGUUGAAACUUAAUGUCUUGUGUGGUGGGCUCUUUCAUUUCGCAACGAACGGGUUAUCCUGUGAGAAGUUUGUUUACAGUGUCCGCUCGCUUGUCGACGUUGGAUAUUGGAGUGGCGGAUCUGUCGGAUCUCUCGCUCGUUGUCUAGUUUCAUUUAACCUUUUUGCUCAAAUUUUGCACAAGUUUAAAAGUUUAUAGAACAAUGACGCAAGUCAUGCGUCUGUUGAGUAUUGAAACUGUCUGGAAAGAGAAAUUGGCUUUAAAUUUUAUGCCCAAGUUUCCUUUCAGUUUUGCAAUUUCCAAAUGCUGGCGGGGUACUACGUGACUCGGGUAUAACUGGUAAAGCUACGAAAAAUAUUUGUCAAAAUGAAUGCUAAAUAUCGUUAAUUUGGAAUGAAAGCGACAGGGGCUUGCCAUAAAGAUAUUUAAAAAUAAGCUUAUAAUAUUCUAGCUAUUGAAGUUUGUUACAGACAUUUAUGCCCAUGAAUGUCAAAAUGUCGUUUCGUCGUAACAUGUCUUGCCGGCCCGAAUUUCGUGGUGACUUUUUUUAAGAAGAUUUUACAAUGGACAUUGACUUUGUGGUCUCCUCGAACAGAGUAAAAGUAAAAAUAAAGGGAGUGGUUUGUUUCGAGCCAAAUAUACACAAAAUUAACUGGUGACCUAUAUUUAAUUGGGUUUUUAAAGCUCUGGUUCAAGCCGAUAUUGAAAUUGACAACACAUUUAUUCGUGACUUAAGACUUAUUGUUAACCCCUUGUGAGGUUCAUUGAAAAUGAAUUUGUGUUUCUUUAUGUUAGGUUUUUUUUUCUUGCAUCACGUAAAGGAAAAGUUGUAAUAUGCUGAUGACAUUAUUGAUUUUGCCUUUAAAUGAGGGAGAAUUUUCAUGAUAAAUAAGGCUAGUUAACACUGAAUUGUGUGCGUCUUAUCGUGAACAAGUGGAUCUGUGGUUUUAUCUUGCCAAUUCCUCAUACUAUUUAGGGACCCUUUAUCACUGACUUGGUAUUGUAAAAUUACUUCCAAAAUGUGUUGCUUAAUCUCACCUUUGACUUAUUACCCAACAGUUACACUGCUAUUGCAUUCUAACCGUUCACUCACUUCGUUCAUGAAAGUCAAUAUACUCAUUAUAAUUUAAUUAUAAUGAGAAUAGUGACUUUUAUGAAAAAAGUAAAAUGAAUGACAAAAAAUUAAAUGGUACUGCACUGCAGAAGACUCUGUUUCAGUGGCCACUUGUGACUAAACUGAAAUUUUACACUGACUCCAUGAAUCUGAGAGUUAAUUAAUUAAUUAUUAAUUUUUAAUAUUAUUAAUGUCCUUGCUUACAGACACCCUGUUAAUUGCUAUUCUCCAUGUAUAUAAAACUUUCGAUAAAAGGCCACAUGGAGAUCACAAUUUGCAACUUUUUGCACUGAGUCAUCGAUAAUAGUGGGGAAAUUUUGAGAUCAACCAUGUAUAUCUAGAUUAACAUCAUUAAAACACACAAGAGUUCAUGAGAAGUCAUGAGAGUUCUGAAAGUAAUGGCCAUGAUUACUUUUGGAAUAACCAGUCCAAAGUGGCUGCAACUUUCAAGGUUACAAUGCAUGAGUAAUAGACCAAUAUUAUUUCAGUUUACAGUGGAACCCCACCAUACAACCACCUCGUUAUUAUAUUCAUAUUCUUUCAACCCAAAUGUGAAAAUCACUGAAUUAUUUUAUUACUUGAAGACCCUGUUAGUAAUGUGAUGACCUCAUUAUUACGACCAGGAUUUUAUGGCCCAAUAAUGGUCACAUUGACGGAGUUUCACUGUAUUAUUAAAAUUUACAAAUGUAUUGUUCUUGAAUCCCUUAACCUGAAAGCUGAUUUCUUUUUUUUUUAUUCCCCCCAAGCAUUUAGUUUUAAUACAUUGAAAUUGGUCCUUUGGAAAACACUUAUAAGUGGGAAAAAUUGAAAUUAUUAAAGUUCCUGUUCAAAUUGCUGAAAGGGAGGCUUUUAGGAAAUUUUCCUGUUCCAAAUCAUUGUACAGCCCUGGUCAAAACAUCUUGGGACACUUGAGGAAAUUAGGCACAGAGAUGCUCUUUGCUAAAUUAAAUCAUAUUCUACUAAUGUUUUAAGAGCCUGUAUCUACUGUCCCCUCUCCCCCAGGCAGUGUUGAUUGGAUCUAGGGGGAGGAGGACAAAGGGAAAAAUUAAUGUAUCAUUUUGAUGAACAAUUACAUUAGUGUCCCAAGACUCAGUCUUGACCAGGGUUGUAGAUAGAGCUCUCAUGAAUUGAAACAAUGCUUGUUAGAGCGAGCCACUUCCAUUCUCUUUGUUUAUAUUAAGAAAUACAGUGUAAUAAUAAAUGUAAAGCUUGUUCAAUGUUAUGGCACUGCAUUUGGUGGUACACAUUGUGUUAGUUAGGGCAGAAGAAAAGAAAGGUCCAAAAAUUGAUGUUACUUUUGGAUGGGAAGAGAGAGGGGGUGUGUGGGUGACUAAAAAAUUGGUUACUUUCAGGGAACGGGGUCUAGUAUGUGAACUCUACAGUAUUUAGGCUUUCUUACCAUAUUCUUAACCUUUGUAAUCAUGUACUGGGAUUUUCCUCAGAAAUGAUACACUACUGAUAUUUGGCCUAAUUCUGCUUUGUUUAUUUCUUAGCUCAACGAUGGGUGCUAUCUAUGAGGAACAUAAAGAUGAAGAUGGCUUCUUGUACAUUGCCUACAGCGGAGAGAACACCUUUGGAAUGUGA